AGCACAUCCCUUGCAAUUGGCAGAUAUGUCGACCACUUUGCCUUACCAGGAGAGCUUAAGGGCUCCCGUUCAGGAUACAGGCCAUUCUAGUACAGUAUCCUCUCUUCAAGGAAAGGCCCCUGAUUCCGACUCCCACCAAAUUCCACCGCCUUCAUCAUCAGUAAUAGUGUACUCUCCUCGUCAAAUUCUGUUGCUCUAUGCAUCACCUCUCGUGAAGCCUCCGAUUGGCAUACCAGCGCUGAAGGAUUGGUUUGGGUAUGUGUGGCAAAUCUAGCUCAGUUAUCUGUGUGGCAUCAACGAUACACUUUUAGUUCGGAAAACGAACUUUGUGCGUCCAAGGAGGCAGAGCUGUCUGGCCCAGGUCAGAAUCAUACACGUGAAAGACGUACCUUCCGUAGAGAUGCUGAGGAGAGAGAAGCACUCAUACGACCUUCCAUCCGAGGGAAUCACAACCAGCAUGCACAGAUGGGUCACUUCAAACAUCAAUCCAUUCGCGGAAAUGAGUCUUUCCGAUCAAAGGACGUGGAAAAAGAGAAGACCCCAAAAGAAAAAGAUAAAGUCGAAGAAAGGGUCUCUCUGGUAGCCGAUCAGUCGGUUCGAGAACGACUAGUGGUAUUUCCCAACCGUUCAGCUCCAGGUCAAGCGCGUAACAAUGAUGGAGAUAUUACUCAUGGUUACGCGAUCAAAAGCAUGUCUAAGGACGAAAAUCAAC